AUGGCCUCCGGCGCCGCAGCUAAGCGGGCGCAGGGCGAGCGGGCGGCGGGACGGCAGCCCCGGCCCCGCCGACACUCGACGGAGGCUGCUGCGCACCGUCAAGAAGGAGGAACAGAUAAGAAUGCUGAGGAAGACUCUAUAACCAGGCUUUCUGACAAACCUGGUCCUGAUGAUUCAUGGCCUACAUCAGCUAGCCAAGACUUAGAUUUCGGUACCAAGGAAGGAACAGCAAAGUCAGCAACGGAAGCAAAGGAAGAUGGUGUUGGUAUUAUUGAAAAUGUGCCACCAGAGCAAACAGUUAAUGGCAGUUUGACUUCUGCUGGUGGAGUGCAUAAAAAUGACAGAAGUGAUAUCAUGUCAGCAUUAGAAUUAGGAGAAGAGGAAGAUGUAGAAUCACCUUCUCUUCCUGAGUAUCAAGUUCCAUUAAAGGUUGAAGAAAAAAAGAAGCACAGAGGAAGUGACAUAGAAGUAUCAGAAAACAUACAUGAUGCUGCGGCUGCUGGAUUAAUUCCACAAAGACAGAAUGGAAAAACUGAUAACCAUCAAUUGCCUAUUACAGAAAAUAAAGAUUCUGAUAGGAGGGAACCUGGUUUACAUGUGAAGAAGUUAAAGAAAGGUGAAAAUGAAAAAGGGACAUCAAAAGGAUCUGUGAUCACACCAGUGUUGCAGAAGGCAGAUUCCCUAACUGGUGGUCCACUACAAAAGAAUGAUGGCAGCCAUUUCAGUGAAAAGGAUCAGCAUGAAAGCAGACCUGCAAAGAAAAUUUCUAAGAAAAAGAACAAGGUCAAAAAGCAAAUUACUUCUAUGGAUGAUCUUGUCGACUUCAUUCAGUCAUCUGAAACAGCUUCAGAGCAUUGUGAGUUGCCUUACUCUAAGAAUUUCAUGUUGCUGAUUGAACAACUUGGCAUGGAUUGUAAAGAUUAUGCUGGCUUCUUGAAAAUCCAAGAUAUACGUGUUUCCUACGAGAAAUUAAGGAAACUUAACAAAAAUCACUGAAAACUUCUUAUGGGAAAAAUGACAAAAAUGGAAAAAAUGGUUAGUGCACUACAAAACGAGCUACAAGAAACCAAAGACAUGAUAUCACGGUUAGAGCAUCAAAAAGUUGAAUGGGAACGUGAAUUCUGCAGUUUGAGAUGUACCUUAAAACAAGAAGAAGAAGAAGAAGAAAGAAGAAAUGCUGAUAUGUUAUAUGAAAAUAUUAGGGAAAAGUUAAGAAGAAAAGAAGACGAAUAUAAGAAAGAAGUUGAAACAAAACAACAAGUUGAACUCGCUCUUAGAACGCUAAACAUGGAAUUGAAGGCCACCAAAAAUCAGGUUGUAGAAGAGCGCAGUGACACUCAGUGGCAACUUUCUCCAGAUCAGAAGGCCAGAGUCUUACAAGAUGGAAGUCCAAACAAUCACCUUUACAAGCAAAAGGAGCUAGAAAUGGCUCAUAAGAAAACUAGUUCUAAGGUAGUUGUGAGACAACUUCAACAAGAACUGGCUGAUACUCUGAAGAAACAGUCUAUGUCACAUCUUCAUCUGGAAGAUGAAACACGGAAUCUCAAGAAGAAAUUAGGUCAAAUCAGAAGUCAGGCUGAUGUCCUUACAACAGAACUGGAAACUACAUCUUCAAAAUGUCUACACCUGGAUGCAAAAAAUCAAGUUCUUCAACAAGAGUUAUUAUCAAUGAAAUCUUUCGAAGAAGAACGUGAAAAACUAGAGAGCAAUAACAAGAAGUUACAGCAAGAAGUAGUAAAAUUGAAACAAUUUAUGGAAAUGAAUAUGGUAGAACGCAGUCAAGUGGAACAGUAUAAACGGGAGAUUGAAGAAAGAGCACGACUGGACAUAGAAGAAAAAUUACACGAAGUCAACCUGUUUUUACAGGCACAAGCAGCAGCUCAAGAAGACUUGGACCAGUUAAGAGAAAAUGCUCAUGCUUCAACGAGAAGUCAAAUGGAACUUAGAAUUAGAGAUCUGGAAUCUCAGGUCUCUACAAUGAAGACUUCUCAAGAAGAUUCGACUAAAACAGAGUUGGAAACCUACAGGCAACUCUACCUAGAAGAAUUAAAAGUUAGAAAGUCCUUGAGAAAUAAGCUGAACACGACUAAUGAGAGACUGUCAGAGAGCAAUACAAAACUUCUUGUGGAGAGACAGCAGCACCAAACUUUACUCAGGACCCUUACUAUGAGCCCAGGCCUGGAACCACCUUAUUGUGGACAUUUUGAAAAUAAUUUAGUGCUCAAUGGAAACUUUACUCCAGGAGGAAACUUAGUGAUUCCUACCUUGAACCCACGGCCGUCAUAUGACUACUGAGAGACUUCCUUGUGGAAGAUGCAGCGGGAGUUGGAAAGAAUAACCAGAGCACUAGAAGAAGCUUCUACCGAAUUUGAAUGAGGAUCCUGUAGAAAUCCUUUAGUAUCUACUGAUGAUUCAAUUCUAAAUCAAGAUCCAGUAUGGAAAGCAUCACGAGAAUAUGUACAGAUUUUGAACAAAAAUUAUACAAUUUGAAAAAUAAAUAGAAAAAAUUUACUGGAUGCUUACAAAACAUUUUCAUUGCUUCCCAAUUGAACACACUAUACGGCAAAAUCUUGAUUAAAGGAAAAAGUUUUUGUUU